GUCUGCGUCGGGUCUCACCAAUAUAUAGAAGGCCGUAUCGGGAGCACCGGACACGAUUUAUCACCCCAGCCGACUGACAGGUGAAGUGUCGCCUCACCUGGAAGGACUGUCCGGGGUGUAUGGACAUCUGAUUGGCCGUUAAACCGUCUGAGCGCGAGCUGAGUAGCGCUUAUGACAUUCGGCACGUGACACGAGACGUCAGAUACCGCUGUGAUGUCACGUGUUUGAAACACUUCUGAUUUCAGUGGAGUUUCAUCACUGAAUCCGGUCUGGUGUGAUGCAGAGUUCCCUGCCGUGGUGCUGGUACAAUCAGCAGCCAAGUGUUUAUCUCAAGUGGGGUCAUUGAACCACAAAUGUUUUUGGGAAGGACUUUAUCGGGGUGACCUGACUUGCGGUGGACUCUGUAUGUGCACUUUCUAGUUGUUUCGCAGUUUGGUAAACCGCCGUUUUACUUAUAUACAGUAAUCAGGAAUUGUCGCGGGGUCAGCUGAAGACUUCUAGUCCCUGCAACCUUUGUUUCCUGGUAAACGAAACAGCUUACAUUGUCAGAGUGACAAUGUGGACCAUAGGUACCCUUUAGUCUGAAAGUGAACCAUUCAGACACUGAUCGCUGAGAGGAACUCCGUUGGUCAUCAAAGUUCGGUCACAUGCAGUCGGCUGCUCUUUAAGUGGAAUUGAAGGGUGUACCAGUGAGAGAAGCAGUCGGCAAAACCCUCUGCGUUGUUCCUCCAGCUUCCGACUGCCGGUGGCGCCGCGGGGACCUCCGAGCACUCGUGGCGACAUGAGUUCUUCCGACCAAUAGUGGCGAUGUGGGGUCCUCCGACCGCUGGUGGCGAUGUUUGGAGCUGCAACCGCUGGUAGCGAUGUGGGGUCCUCCGACCAGAGGUGGGGCUGUGGAGGCCUUCGGUGACGCGCAGGCGCAGUACUGACCCCGGGUCUUCUGCUCGGGCCCGGAGAGCGAGGGUCGGAUCUCAGGUUAAAAAUGUCAAGGAAUUUAUCUACAGGAAUCUUGACCACAACACGCCAGUUUUGCUGUCUCUGUGUAGAUGUAUAAGAAGUGGAGCAAGGGAUUCAAUCGACCAUCCUUCCUGCUCAGACAGUGGGGAGAGGGAUUCACUCGGUCAUCUCAACCGAAGGUACAUCAGCAAGUUCACGCUGGACAAGGCCAUUCAUCUGUUCUGUGUGUGAGAAGGGAUUCAGUCGGUCUUCCCACCUGUGGACACACCAGUCAGUUCACACUGGGCAGAGGCUGAUCAUCUGCUGAAUUUGUGGGGAAGGAUUCACUCGGUCAUCUGACCUAAUGGCUCACCAGCAAGUUCACACUGGGGAGAGGCCGUUCACCUGCUCGGACUGUGGGAAGGGAUUCACUCAGGCAUCUCACCUACUGAGACAUCAGUCAGUUCACACUGCAGAGAGGAAUUUCACCUGCUCAGAUUGUGGGAUGAGAUUCCCUCACUCUUCCACCCUACAGAGACACCAGCGAGUUCACACUGGAGAGAAGCCAUUCACCUGCUCAGAAUGUGGAAAGGGAUUCACUCGAUCAUCCACACUAUUGUCACACCAGUCAGUUCACAGUGGGGAGAGGCCGUUCACCUGCUCAGACUGUGGGAAGGGAUUCACUCAGUCAUCUCAUCUACAGAUACAUCAGCGAGUUCACACUGGGGAGAGGCCAUUUAAAUGCUCAGACUGUGGGAAGGGCUUCGCUCAGUCAUUUCAUCUACAGAUACACCAGCAAGUUCACACUGGGGAGAGGCCAUUCACCUGCUCAGACUGUGGAAAGGGAUUCACUCAGUCAUCUCAUCUACUGAGACACCAGCAAGUUCACACUGGGGAGAGGCCGUUCACCUGCUCAGACUGUGGGAAGGGAUUCACUCAGUCAUCCCAUCUAGAGAUACACCAGCGAGUUCACACUGGGGAGAGGCCGUUUAAAUGCUCAGACUGUGGGAAGGGAUUCACUCAGUCAUCUCAUCUACAGCUACACCAGCAAGUUCACACUGGGGAGAGGCCAUUCACCUGCUCAGACUGUGGAAGGGGAUUCACUCUGUCAUCCUCUCUAUUGGCACACAAGUCACUUCACACUGGGGAGAGGCCGUUCACCUGCUCAGACUGUGGAAAGGGAUUCACUAGAUCAUCUUCCCUAAUGCUACACCAGUCAGUUCACACUGGGGAGAGGCCGUUCACCUGCUCAGACUGUGGGAAGGGUUUCACUCAGUCAUCCAACCUACAGAGACACCAGCAAGUUCACACCGGGGAGAAGCCAUUCACCUGCUCAGACUGUGGGAAGGAAUUUACUCAGUCAUCCAACCUACAGAGACACCAGUCAGUUCACACUGGGGAGAGGCCAUUCACCUGCUGUGAAUGUGGGAAGGCAUUCACCCAAUCAUCUCAUCUACUGAAACACCAGCGAGUUCACACUGGGUAGAGGCUGAUCACCUGCUCAGACUUUGGGAGGAGAUUCUCUCAGCCAUCUCCACCAAAUGUGCAUUAUUGAGUUCACACUGGGGAGAGGCUGUUCACCUGUUGUGAAUAUGAGAAGGGAUUCACUCAGUCAUCUAACCUUGUGAUACACUACUGGGUUCACACUGGGGAGGAAGUUUCAAUAAGCUGCAUGCUGGAUAUUUGUCCAUCCCCAUUGCUAAAUGCAAUUUUGAGAGUGACUGUCGGUGCUGAACUCUGCAAUUAUUGCUGCUGCUCACCACACCCAGUUCUGCACCCUGGUCACUGGGCAUGGGAGGAGUUUCUUCUGCUGCAUAUUCACCUUUAAUGGGACUGGAGUUUAAUAUUCUGGAUCUGAGACAAAUAAAUCAGUUCUAUUUUAAACUCUGUCUCCAGUACUUAGUGAAUUUAUAACACACCCAGUGUACAAUGGAGAGUCAACUCAGGCCGGUUGGACCCUGCCAGUGAUUCAGUUCCACAACAGUCCUUUUAAAUCCUCCCCUGUUGUUCCCCUCUCUCUCUCCCUGUGGUGACAGGUUCCAAACAGUCACCACUCUGUGGGUGAAGAGGUUUCCCUUGAAUUUUUUGCAGAGUGAAGAAGUUGACGAGACUGCAGUUUUGUCCUUAAUCAUGACUCUUUUCCACAUUGUGGGUCAUUUUCCCUGCUUCUAAAGGGUUGUUAGAAAACACUACUGUCCUCUAAAGACUGAAAGCAGAAUGGGAAACCACUAGUUGGACAUUCAACGGAGCAGGGUCAGAAACCAGAGGCAGGUCUGCACAGGGCAGAGUUUGGGGCUCUGGACGGUGGUCGGGGUAAGAACGUAUGAUGAGGAGAAGGGAAUCAGCAGCGGGGUCGUGGCAACAAAUGACAGAGUAACAACACUUGGAAGCUGAUUGACAGAGAAAAUCUUUUGUUUGUCUGACUGAUGGCACAAAUAAUACCUGUGGUGAGGUGCUCCACUGGUCGAGGAACAUGUGUGUGUUGGGAAUGGUUUUAUCUAUUGAGGGAAUUGCUCUUGCUUGUUUAUCCUGCGAUAUUAUUAAUCACCGCCUAGGUUCCUCCAGUAUUUUGUGUAUGUGUUGCUUGGAUUUCCAGCAUCCACAGAUUUUCUCCUGUUUUGAUAAAAGGAAAAGUGGGGUCAUAUAAUAUAGCAAGAAGAUAGUGAGAAGUUAGAGCAUUGGAAAGCUUUCACAUAACCAACAAGAGACAACUAAAAGAGACACACAGGAGAGACAAGAUGAAAAAUUAAGGUAGGUGAGCCAAUAAUAAUCAAGUAUCAAAAGUUGUUCAGGUAUAUAA